UGGCGGCCGGGCUCGGGGAGGAUCAUGACUGCUGCAGCGAACUGGGUGGCGAACGGGGCGAGCCUCGAGGACUGCCACUCCAACCUCUUCUCGCUGGCUGAACUCACAGGAAUAAAAUGGCGUAGGUACAAUUUUGGAGGGCAUGGGGACUGUGGGCCCAUCAUUUCAGCCCCUGCCCAGGAUGAUCCAAUCCUGUUAAGCUUCAUUCGCUGCCUGCAAGCCAACCUGCUGUGUGUAUGGCGCCGGGAUGUCAAACCAGAUUGCAAAGAGUUAUGGAUAUUUUGGUGGGGAGAUGAACCCAAUUUAGUUGAUGUGAUACAUCAUGAGUUACACAUAGUGGAGGAAGGACUAUGGGAGAAUGGCCUUUCCUAUGAAUGUAGGACCCUGCUCUUCAAAGCAAUCCACAACUUAUUAGAAAGGUGCCUAAUGGAUAAAAACUUUGUCAGGAUUGGUAAAUGGUUCGUUCGACCCUAUGAAAAGGAUGAGAAGCCAGUCAACAAAAGUGAACAUUUGUCCUGUGCCUUCACAUUUUUUCUUCAUGGGGAAAGUAACGUGUGCACGAGUGUGGAGAUUGCCCAGCACCAGCCAAUUUAUCUGAUUAAUGAAGAGCAUAUUCAUAUGGCGCAGUCAUCCCCUGCACCAUUCCAGGUGCUGGUAAGCCCGUAUGGCUUAAAUGGGACACUGACAGGCCAGGCAUAUAAGAUGUCAGACCCAGCCACCCGCAAGCUAAUUGAGGAAUGGCAGUAUUUCUACCCAAUGGUGCUGAAGAAGAAAGAGGAGCGGAAGGAGGAAGAGGAGUUAGGAUAUGAUGAUGAUUUCCCCGUGGCAGUCGAAGUAAUCGUUGGCGGUGUUCGUAUGGUGUAUCCAUCAGCCUUUGUUUUGAUCUCUCAAAAUGAUAUCCCAGUGUCUCAGAAUGUUGUUGGUGCUGGAGGUCACAUUGUUGUUGGCCAGCAUGGAGUUGGAAGCAUGAAAGACCCCAGUCAUUGUGGGAUGCCACUCACCCCACCCACUUCUCCAGAACAAGCUAUCAUAGGUGAAGGUGGAGGCCCUCUGAGCACCGUCGGUCACUUAACUGCCCAGGAGGGGAUGGCUACUAUGCACAGUCCAAAGAGAUCAGGGGAGAUUCCCCCCAAACUCCACAGUCACAUGGUCCACAGAGUCUGGAAGGAAUGCGUCCUCAACCGAACACAGCCCAAGAGGAGUCAGGUAUCUGCUCCACACCUGGAGGAAGAAGCCUCUAAUGAGCCUCCUCCUCCUCCUUCUUGGGGUUUCGUGGAUCCUGCCCAAAGAGCCAGCUGUUCCUGUUCCAGGCAUAAGCUUUUCAAACAGCGCUGUGCAGUUGGGCCCAGCCGGCCUCCUUCAAUAUCACAGCCUGGGUUUACUAUCGGCCCAUCAUCUUCUUCAUCUUUGCCACCUCCAGCCUCUUCUAAGCACAAAACAACAGAAAGACCAGAAAAAGGAGACAAACUCCAAAAGAGGCCUGUGAUGCCAUUCCACCAUAGGCCCUCUGUGGGUGAAGAAUUAUGCAUGGAGCAGGACACACCAGGACAGAAGCUGGGCUUGGCCGGGGUUGACUCCUCCUUAGAAGUCCCAAGUAGUAGGAAGUAUGAUAAGCAGAUGGCUGUGCCUUCCAGAAACACAAACAAACAAAUGCAUCUGAAUCCCAUGGAUUCACCCCAUUCCCCCAUUUCCCCUCUGCCUCCAACACUCAGCCCACAGCCAAGAGGUCAGGAAGCAGAGAGUUUGGACCCACCAUCCAUUCCUGUGAAUCCAGCACUCUAUAGUAAUGGACUAGAGCUCCAGCCAUUAUCAAAUUUGGAUGACAGGACUGUUCUUGUGGGCCAGAGACUGCCUCUCAUGGCAGAGGUCAGUGAGACAGCCUUGUACUGUGGGAUAGUGCCCCCAAAUUAUGAAUCAUCUGAUAAAUGGCACAGUUACCGUCUACCACCAAGUGAUGAUCCAGAGUUCAGGCCUCCAGAGCUCCAGAGUGAGCAAUAUGAUGUCAAGAUAGAGAUAAAUACAGACAGCUCUGCACUGAAAAGACUCUUAGCACAACCUAACAAACGGUUUAAAAUCUGGGAAGAUAAGCAGCCCCAGGGGCAGGCAGGUUACCUAGACCGGUCACCUCGAAUGCAGCAGCCUUCAGAGAGCCUGGGCGAUGCCAGUGACCCCUAUACCUUUGAGGAUGGCGACAUCAAGUACAGUUUCACUGUCAACAAGAAAUGCAAACUUGGAACUGAUAAAGACCUGCUCAAAAAGAAUAAGUCUGAAGAUGGAUUUGGUACAAAAGAAAUCCCUCCACCAGGUCAUUCCACACCAGUUCCUGAUGGGAAAGAUGCCAUGUCUAUUUUCAGUUCUGCUCCAAAAACAGAUGUCCGUCAGGAAAGUGCUGCCAGCAGAGCUGGCCCCAGCAGCCUUACGCAGGUGACUGAUCUGGCCCCUUCCCUCCAUGAUUUGGAUAACAUCUUUGAUAAUUCUGAUGACGAUGAACUUGGGGCUGCAUCACCAGCACUUCGGUCAUCAAAAAUCCCGACAGUAGGAACUGAAGAUCGACCUCUGGGGAAAGAUGGGAGAAUGGCAGUUCCUUAUCCUCCAACAGUGGCAGAUCUACAAAGGAUGUUUCCUACUCCUCCAUCUUUGGAACAACAUCCUGCCUUCUCUCCUGUGAUGAAUUAUAAAGACGGCAUCAGCUCUGAGACCGUGACUGCAUUGGGCAUGAUGGAGAGUCCAAUGGUCAGCAUGGCCUCAACCCAACUCACGGAGUUCAAAAUGGAAGUGGAAGAUGGGUUAGGAAGUCCAAAACCUGAAGAAAUCAAGGACUUCUCAUACGUUCAUCAAGUUCCCACCUUGCAGCCUUUUGUGGGUUCCUCCCUGUUUGCUCCACUGAAGAUGUUGCCCAGCCAGUGCCUGCUGCCUCUGAAGGUGCCGGAUGCCUGCCUCUUCAGGCCCUCCUGGGCAGCUCCUCCCAAAAUCGAGCAGCUCCCUCUGCCGCCUGCAGCUGCCUUUGUCCGAGAUGGCUACAAUAACGUGCCUAGUGUCGGGAGCCUCGCAGACCAGGAUUAUUUGAAUACGCCAGUGACAGUCAACAGUGCGGCACCAGCCAGCAACAGUGGGGCAGGCGUGCUGCCCUCCCCAGCAACUCCUCGCUUUUCUGUCCCAACACCUCGGACACCCCGGACCCCACGGACUCCCAGAGGUGGCGGCACAGCCAGUGGCCAAGGGUCUGUUAAAUAUGAUGGCACUGAGCAGGGGUCACCAGCCUCCACCCCAUCCACCACGAGGCCCCUCAGCUCCGUGGAGCCUGCCACCACCCAGCCUGUCCCUGAGGCCCACAGUCUGUAUGUAACCUUGAUUCUCUCUGAUUCUGUGCUGAAUGUCUUCAAAGACCGGAACUUUGACAGCUGUUGCAUAUGUGCCUGCAACAUGAAUAUCAAAGGGGCAGAUGUUGGGCUCUACAUCCCUGAUUCUUCCAAUGAGGACCAGUACCGCUGUACCUGUGGCUUCAGUGCCAUCAUGAACCGCAAGCUGGGCUAUCAUUCGGGGCUCUUCAUUGAGGAUGAAGUGGAUAUUUUUGGGAAAAACUCAGAUCUUGGCCAGGCAGCUGAGCGGCGGUUAAUGAUGUGUCAGACUGCCUUUCUUCCACAGAUGGAGGGGAGCAGGAAAGCCCAAGAGCCCCCUAUCAGCCUUCUUCUCCUUCUCCAGAACCAACACACACAGCCAUUUGCAGCACUAAGUUGCCUGGGCUGCCUCUCCCCCAGUCACCGUCACACCCUUCCUGGUACACACUGGAGUUAUGACAGGGUACAAGCAGAUCAUAAUGAUUCUUGGACAGAGUGUGUCAAUGCGCUGGAGCAGGGGCGACAGUAUGUAGACAACCCCACUGGUGGGAGAGUGGAUGAAGCCCUUGUCCGAAGUGCCACUGUCCACUCUUGGCCUCAUAGCAAUGUGCUGGACAUCAGUAUGCUCUCCUCCCAGGAUGUGGUGCGGAUGCUGCUCUCCCUGCAGCCAUUUCUCCAGGAUGCCAUUCAGAAGAAGCGAACAGGCAGGACCUGGGAGAAUAUCCAGCAUGUGCAGGGACCCCUGACCUGGCAGCAGUUCCACAAGAUGGCUGGACGUGGCACCUAUGGCUCAGAAGAGUCCCCGGAGCCCUUACCCAUCCCCACUCUGCUGGUGGGCUACGACAAGGACUUCCUGACAAUUUCACCAUUCUCCUUGCCAUUUUGGGAGAGGCUCUUGUUAGAACCCUAUGGGGGCCACCGAGAUGUUGCUUAUAUUGUGGUGUGUCCAGAAAAUGAGGCCUUGCUCGAAGGAGCCAAAACUUUCUUCAGGGACUUGAGUGCUGUGUACGAGAUGUGCAGGCUGGGGCAGCACAAACCCAUCUGCAGAGGGCUCCGGGACGGGAUCAUGCGUGUGGGGAAGACGGUGACAGCCAAGCUGGCCGACGAGCUGGUGAGCGAGUGGUUCAGCCAGCCCUGGAGCAGUGAGGACAGCGACAAUCAUUCCAGACUGAGGCUUUAUGCCCAGGUCUGCCGCCACCACCUCGCACCUUAUUUAGCCACUCUGCAGCUGGAUAGCAGCCUGCUGCUUCCACCCAAGUACCCCAGCUCACCCCCAGCAGCAGGAGCAGCGGCAGCGGCGGCAGCACAGACCCCGGCUGCCCCUGGGAGCGCAGGACCCGGGGCUUCAAAUCCUUCUGGACCCGGAGCUCCGCCGGCCGGCACCUCCAGCAGCAGCUCGGGUGGUCCUUCUGUGAGUGCCGGCUCCUCUGGGGCUGGUGCGACCCCAGGAAGCGCGGCCUCUUCUUCAGGCCUCAGCGGCGGCCCAGGACAGACCCCCAGCACCGGGACGGGCACAACAGACAGGGCACAGAGCAGCCUGGGCUCGGGAGGGGAGGCAGAACCUGGACAGAACUCCUCUCAACAGCCCCCACCUGAAGGCCCAGACAGUGUCACAGAAAGGGAAAGGAUAGGGAUUCCCACGGAACCAGAAUCGGCCGACAGCCAGGCCUACCCACCGGCCGUGGUCAUCUACAUGGUGGAUCCCUUUACCUACACUGCAGAGGAUGAGUCCACGUCCGCAAACUUCUGGCUGCUCAGUCUGAUGCGCUGUUACACAGAGAUGCUGGAUAACUUACCUGAGAAUAUGAGAAACUCUUUCAUUCUCCAAAUUGUGCCUUGCCAGUACAUGCUGCAGACAAUGAAGGAUGAACAAGUUUUCUACAUUCAGCACUUGAAGUCCAUGGCAUUCUCAGUGUACUGCCAGUGCAGGCGGCCUCUACCCACCCAGAUCCACAUUAAAUCUCUCACAGGCUUCGGACCGGCAGCCAGCAUUGAGAUGACCCUGAAGAACCCUGAGCGGCCCAGUCCAAUCCAACUUUACUCCCCUCCUUUUAUACUGGCACCGAUCAAAGACAAACAGACAGAACUGGGAGAGACAUUUGGAGAAGCCAGCCAGAAGUAUAAUGUGCUCUUCGUUGGCUAUUGUUUGUCCCAUGAUCAGCGCUGGCUCUUAGCCUCUUGCACUGACCUCCAUGGCGAAUUAUUGGAAACUUGCAUUGUAAAUAUUGAUUUACCAAACAGAUCCCGGAGGAGUAAAGUGUCACCACGAAAAAUUGGGCUCCAAAAGUUAUGGGAAUGGUGCAUUGGGAUCGUUCAGAUGACAUCACUGCCUUGGAGAGUUGUGAUUGGGCGCCUUGGGAGGCUUGGCCACGGGGAGUUAAAAGACUGGAGCAUCCUUCUGGGUGAAUGUUCACUGCAGACAAUCAGUAAACAGCUGAAGGAGGCAUGUCGCAUGUGUGGACUCUCAGCUGCAGAUUCACCUUCCAUCCUCAGUGCCUGCCUGGUGGCCAUGGAGCCCCAGGGGGCCUUCGUUGUGAUGCCAGAUGCUGUCACCAUGGGCUCUGUUUUUGGCCGCAGUACCGCACUGAACCUCCAGUCAUCUCAGCUCAACACACCUCAAGAUGCUUCUUGUACACACAUCCUGGUGUUUCCAACAUCUUCAACUAUCCAGGUGGCUCCGGCCAACUACCCAAAUGAAGAUGGCUUCAGCCCCAACAAUGAUGAUAUGUUCGAUCUUCCAUUCCCAGAUGAUAUGGACAAUGACAUUAGGAUUUUAAUUACGGGGAACCUCCAUUCCUCUCCAAACUCCUCACCAGUUCCUUCCCCAGGCUCUCCUUCUGGAAUUGGAGUGGGCUCUCAUUUCCAGCACAGUCGGAGCCAGGGUGAGCGCCUUCUUUCUAGAGAAGCUCCUGAGGAACUGAAGCAGCAACCCCUUGCACUGGGCUAUUUUGUGUCAACGGCCAAAGCUGAGAACCUUCCUCAGUGGUUCUGGUCCUCAUGUCCACAAGCCCAAAACCAGUGCCCUCUCUUCCUCAAGGCCUCCCUGCACCACCACAUCUCAGUAGCUCAGAUGGACGAACUUCUCCCCACCAGGACCUCUCAGCGCGUGCCACACCCUCUCGACUCCAAAACCACAUCCGAUGUCCUAAGGUUUGUUCUGGAACAAUACAACGCGCUGUCCUGGCUCACGUGUAAUCCUGCCACCCAGGAUCGCACUUCCUGCCUUCCCGUCCACUUUGUGGUGCUCACUCAAUUGUACAACGCCAUCAUGAAUAUCCUUUAAUUUGAAAAGCACUUGUUCCUUUCUGGCUCAGACCUCCCUCUCUUUCCUCAAAACCUCAAUCGAAGAAAUGAACUACAAUCUGCAAAAGGCCCAUAAUCCUUUCUCCAGACCAGCCUCCAUGAUCCUGUGAUGGGCUUCACUUUCCCAAGAGGCACAUGUCAAUUCUGCCGUGUUCAUCUCUGCCCGAGUGACACGACACAUUGAUGCUUCUCUCAAGGACCUGGGAACUCCUGGGCACAGUGACAUUCAGCCAGUGUUAAUGUCGUGUAGGGCCUAGUCCUACUGGUCAACAGGAAGUUUUGUGUUUUGUGUGGGUCUUUUUUUCUUUUUUUUUCCUUUUUUUUUUUUAGGAGGAAAACAUGGAGAAUGUGGUGUCCUUUUCCAUAGAGGACUGACCCUGUUUUGAGUCUCUGUUUAAAAAAUUAGGGCAAGUUUGCUCUUCAGGGCUAAGUCCUCUGGGAAUUGGUACGGGUAGCCUGCAAAUGUUUGAACUCCAUAAGGUGGGGCUAUAGAAAAAUAAGGACCAGCUCAAGUAUGUUAUUAAAAAAACCAUAAAAAACAAACAAAAAAAAAAGUUUCUGCCGCCUUAAUAAUUGGAAUGAGUGCUUUGGUUGAUUUCUCAGUCUGUGUAGAUGGGAAUGGUCUGGCACAUGUUAACUUUGUCUAUUUAUUUUAAAUCAUA